AUGAAAUCCGCCAACACCAAUGCACUGUACCCAAAUGAAAAUGUCACCAAUAGUGUCAUAGAAUACGCGGCCGCCCACUCAGAGGCGUUGCCAAAGCACAUCACCGACUACCAUGCCAACAUUGUCGCGAACCAUCCGGACAUGGAGUACAUGAUAUCCAACCUCCAAGCACAGUUUCAGACAUUCUUCACGCGCACCAUCGGGUCUAAGCGCGUGCUCGAGAUUGGUGCCUUUGUUGGGUACUCUGCCAUGGUGUGGGCAAACGCCGUGGGCAAAGACGGCAAGGUCACAACGCUCGAGUUCGUGGCCGAGUACGCCGACGCGGCCAGAGAUGCCUUCAAAGAGCACGGCAUCGCAAAUGUAGAGGUGGUUCAAGGCGAUGCCCUCGAGACCUUGGCCAAGCUCAGUCCCGACGAGCCCUAUGACCUCGUCUUCAUUGACGCCCAAAAGACGGGCUACCCAUCUUAUCUGCGCACGAUUCUCGAAAAGUCGCAGCCCGGGGCGCCCUCGCGGCUCUUGCGCAAGGGCGGUGUCAUACUUGCGGACAAUGUCCUGCGGCGCGGCCUUGUAGCCAACGACAGCAAUGAGAAUCCUUGGGCCGACUCUCGUGAUCGCCAGUCGCUUGAAGCGCUCCGGGAAUUCAACGACAUGGCGAUCAAAAGCGAGAGGCUAGACACCUUUUUGAUGCCCCUGUUUGACGGAGUUGGCAUGUCGACGCUCCGUGAUUGA